AGACCGCUUACGCCGUUCGGAACAGUCGUCUUCGUCGCCGGUGUCGGAGGUUUAGUUUGGAAUCGAUCAAAAUCGAUUUAGUUUUUGGUUUGGUGUUGGUUCGCGCUGUCCCCAACGAAAAUCUCCAAGUACAUUUGAAACGAUAAAAGAAUUUUUGGUCCGUGUCUGUUCCAGCACGUGUACCCACUGGAUCGAACUGGGCGCAAAUAAAUCAAUAGAAAAUUGAAUAAUAAAUCCUGUACUAAUAAACGAAAGUGAAGUGGUUUUUGUUGUUUUGUUUUCGUGCGCUUCAACACCCCGAAGCAGGGUAAAUCAAUCAGAAGAAGAAAAAACGAAAAAAAAAUCGCCAAACAGGAUUAGCUGAUUAUCUUGCAAUCAUCACCGAUCAAAGUAGCCUCGGGUGGUGGAGGUGGACGGUGUGAAACAACACCAGUUCGUGUCGUGACAUUUGAAACCCUCACGGAAGUUUGAUUGGACCGAUCAAUAAUCGCUCAUCUGUGCCCCGCCCGGCUGACUGACUUGACUUGCUGGUUGGUUGGUUGGCUGGCUAGCUGUAAUUCAACCGAUAAAAAACAUGGGACAAGCCAACGGUGAUCAAAUCAUCGCCGACAGUGACUGGCAGCAGACGCCAGCGAUAGCCGGCGAUUCCGGGCCUUCCUUUACGGACACCCGUUCCAACGGUGGCAACAAGAACGGCGGUCCAAAGCGUAACCCCUGUUCCAUCACCGGAUGGUACAAGUCGACUAGCAGAAAAGAUAGGAAAAACCGCUGUGCCGAAACUAGUCGGUCGGGUUCGUCGUCAUUUUUGGCCGGAACCGUUGCAGCAACUGAUCAGGUCCUCCUCAAAUUAGUCCAGCGUCUGGCGUCGCUCCGAAGCGGCGGAAGUAACACCAAUAAUUGUAAAAAGAACAGCAAAACUACCAAAAAGCAGACUCGAAGUGAUAGCAAUUCCUCGGCCACCACCACCACCACCAACAGCAGCAACAGUAACAGCAUUGGUGGUGAAAACAAAUGUGCCAUUUCAUCAUCGCUACCACCACCAACCCGCCAGGACUCGGGUAGUGAAGUACCCAGCAAAAAGCUCCGCUGCCAUCGGGACACCGCUUGCCAUAGUGGCAAUUAUCAUGCCCAGUUCGCUGCUCGGCUGGUGGAAGACGAAUACGACAACGACGACGACGAACAGGCCAAGUCCAGUGGAAACGAAAUUAAGUGCAUAAGCUUUACCGAUCUGAUUUCAGACGACCAUCACCAACGCCCCACAUCGUCUCCGAUUCCAUUGGACCACCCGGGAAGUGAUUGCGAUUUAGUACCACCGGUCGCCGACGUUGGUCCGGGUUGUGAUGAUGAAGCCGAUGACGACGACGACGACGAAGAGAAUUUAAUUAGGCCUACUGGGAUUAAUAGUGGUGGUGUGGUUCGUCGGUACGCUGAAAGUAGCAGCCACCUACGAGUCGCUGCUGCUGCUAGGAUGGGAUCCAAUGUGUCCCGGCAUCACGAGAAAGGAUUGACGGGCCGGCGGGCACAAUCAACUGAUAACCUCAAAUCGGAUCAGACCCCCCAAUCGUACCAGUACCACUACAUCAACAACAACAACACCAGCAACAACAACAACCUAAUCGGUGGAAUAAAAUCCAACGUACCACCGGAUCUGACGACUCCGGGAGAUGACUUUACCGGUCUGGUCAACAAUUUGGAUGAUGGCAGCAGCACUAUGCUUGUGUGUCACCCGAAUGGAGGCGGCGGCGGCGGUGGCGUCGGUGGUUGUCCCAACGGACAUCCCUCGGUGGCGGCUACCUUAAAUGGCGGAAUUGCUCCACAUGAUCGGAACAAGUUUUGCGGCAGUUUGCCGAACCAUCUGGAUGCGGAUGAUGCCUGUGAGGCAAUCUUUAAGCAGAAUGAGUUCCUCCAAACGCACCUGAAGAACGUCCUGGCCUCUCAUCAGCAACAGCAACCGGAAUAUGUGACCAUGUCCAGUUUGGCCGGUACGGACCAAGCGGUAGAUGCGGCCGCCAUUGUUAACCGAAAUCAACAACAACAACAACAACAAAUGCAGCAGCUUCCACCAACAUAUCAGCAAAGUUCACCUUUCUACUCCAGUUCCAGUGGGAAAGGGUCGACCAUUUCGUCUACGGCACUCGGAAGCAGUACGUUUCGCGGCUGCGGCGCUGGAGAACGAAGCUCGGAGCUGGGUGUCGGUCAGCUGAUGCUGCCUCUACUGCGGACGGCUACCAACAACAACAGCAGCAACAGCACAAGCAGCAGCACGACGACAACGACGACGACGGCCGACGCCGGUUGUGACCAGGGAUACGGAAGCGAACGCUCCCCAGAGGAUGAACUUCCACCGCCACUGCUUCUGAUGCACGAAGCUCAGUACAAUGAGAUACUGGCUUCCUCCCAACAGCAGCCGGUCAGUGCCAUCGAACCGAACGAUUUGCAGCGCUACUGGAACUACGAAAAGGCUGCCGCCAGUCUGAUUGCCAGUUCCGAGUACAGCUUCAUCACCAAAGAAUCCGUAUUCCUCGUUCAGGUACCGAAAGGAACGCGCGGUCUCGGUCUGUCCGUGUCCGGUGGAUCCGAUUCGACCGCACCCUUUCCGGGCCUAAUACGCAUCAAAAGACUGUUCCCCCACCAGGCAGCGUGGGCCACCGGAAUGCUACAACCGGGUGAUAUUCUGCUCGAGUCCAACGGGAUUCCAUUGUCCGGGCUGACCAACUACGAAGCCUUGGAAGUCCUACGGACCGCACCCAACUACGUGACCCUUACCGUGUGCCGACCGCAGGACGAACAGUAUCGGAAACUAUCGCCACCGAGUGAACCACCGAAGCCGCCCCUACGGAAUGCGGCUGUCGUCCCGCUAGCGUCCUGCGGUGAGCUCCAAUCGCACCAGUUGAUGCAGUUGCAGGUAGAGCAUCAGCAACAGCAGCAGCAGCAACAGCAAAUGAUGAUGAUGCCUCAUUACUAUCAGCAACAGCAGUACUAUAUUUAUCGACCACAAACGUUGGAUUUUGCCCCGUACGGUGCUGGUGCGACGAUGGAACCCGGAAAUUUUACUGGGGAAUUCGAAAUCAUUCUCACCAAGCAACAGGGUUCGCUGGGUUUCACCCUGCGCAAAGAGGACGAAUCCAUCCUCGGUCACUGCGUGCGAGCGUUGGUCCGCGAUCCAGCCCUGAACGAUGGCCGUAUCCGACCGGGCGAUAAAAUCGUAGCCGUCAACAACGUCCCCAUCUCUCAAAUGACCCACGAAGAAGCUGUGAUAUUUUUGCGGCAAGCAGCCGACGUAGUCAAACUGCGCCUGUUCCGAGACGAAACACUAACCCCCCUAUCCGCACAGUCCCCCACGAUGGAAUGUCCCCAGGGUAUCUGCUCGUCGGCAUCCACAUCCACCGUAGGGCACGGUUCCGGUCGACCCAAACCGAAUCUACGUCCGGAGGCGCUAAAUCUACUAACGGAUAUAGCCCAUCGGAAGCAAACGGCCACAAAUUCCGGCGAUUGUUCGACCAGUUCAUCGGUGAAAUCCAGCAACGCUUCACCGCGCCGUCUACGUCGGGGUCUACCCCAGUCGCAGCAAUCGAAACGAUCCUACGACAAUCAUGGCUAUCAACAUUCCGGCGGUGAAACGACCUCCAACUAUUCCGACUCGGAAACGUCCACCAUUAGAAGUCAGGCUAGUUCCUACGUGCAUCAUCAGGCCCAGAUGGUACCCGUGGGGGUCUUCCACAGCACGUCCUGUAGAUCUUGCGGAGGGACGGCGGUAAGCACAGCGCCACCGCAGAAUCUAGACGAACUGUACUACUGUGAUGACGAGAUUGAUGCGGAAAGUUUGUACGAGCAUGAGGGUGGCGAAGGGCAAAAAAGGCCCAACUUCUUGGACCUAGCUGGAGAGAGUGGGAGUACGCCGAUGUCAUCGCGAAAACCGAGGUUCCAAUUUUCAGUGGCCACCACUAACGCGUACGAGUUGAACAACCUGGACAACGACGCCCUGGAUGCCCCGACGAUGUACGCCCUGAACAAUGGGGACUCGACGGCCCCGCCAGGGGCCAGCGAUCAGUUCAUAAGCCUUCCAUGUGAAACAUUCCUAGUGGCGUGCAAAACGGAGAACGACCUGAAUGCGGACUCCACGGAUGCAAUCUACGUGAAGCACUUCGCUCACAAAUCGCCACUGUAUUCAUCUGUGCACGUGCCUCUGAAAGAUACGGGAACGAAUGCAAGCGAGGUCGUGGAUGCUGUUGCUAAAGGAGGCAAAAUAAGUCUCAUGAAGUGGAAAGGAGCCAUCUUGGCAUCGGACGAGGAUGAAACUCCCAGCCAGGACGGUCUAACCGAUGGUACCCCGUCCUCGAUAACCACCGAGUCCGGAACACUAUCCAGCAGUGAUGGAACGACACUAACACGACACACUCCGGAGGCCGAAUCCAGUCUGUUGGCCACCAUCGGCUCUACCAGUACAACAACACCGACCACCGAGCGGGAACUAGAAUCCAACGGCUGCGGAACCGACGGUGAUGGAAAUAAGAUUUUCACCGUCGAACUCAACAAACGCUGGAACAGCCGACUCGGAUUCAGUCUGAAGCAGGACCCGCUCACUGGUCGAACGGUGAUCAGAGCUAUCUACAGUGAAAGUGUCGCCGCCAAAGAUGGUAGAUUGCGGGUCGGUGAUCAGGUCAUAAUGGUCAACGACGAAUCCGUCGAAGCGAUGACCACCGCUCAAAUCAUUGAUUUGCUACGAAUCAUUCGAGGGUCGAUCUGUCUUCGAUUGGUACGUCGACAGGAUCCAGCAGCCAUUCCCAGCCAUCCUCCCCUCGUUGAAGUUGAGGAACAAACUCAACCGGAGAAGGAGGAGGAGGAAGAGCAAAGUAAGCCCAGCGAGCCAGUCGAACAGGUCCCGGAAACGGAAACACCCGAUCAGUAAACUAAGUAAGUCAACCGCUAAUGUUUGUUCCCUUCUUCCUCACUACUUCUGUCGCAACACUCAGGAUAGCCUUUUGUUAUGUGAAUGAAUAACCUUCCAAUCAACCCUCGCCGUUAAUCGAACCUACAAUAAUAGUUGAUUCCAGUUUGAAGGUAAAAGUUAGGUACACAAUAGAAUUUAACUCACAUCCGAAUACAGUCGAUAGCUGUUAUAUGUUUGUGAAUGAAGCACACACACACACACACACGAUAGCGAAAUUUGUUGGGAAAUUCUCCCAUCCUCACUCAAAUAGUUAAGAGCCACUAAAACAACACAAGUUCUCCGACGGGAUAAAGAAAGAGAGUAGGGAUUACACACGUGAAACGAGUUGCAUUUGUUGUCUACCGAAAGUCUAGUAAAUUAUUAACUUAGUGAAUGAAUUUGGAAAAUAGUAAAUAAAUAGUUUAAAAGUUCAGACAGUUUCUGAAACUUUUUUUUACCAGAAAAUACCAAAAAGUAAGUUAAAAAGUAACAAAUAACUGUGAAAUUGAAUUUAAGCACCUGCGGAAACCGUUCCGAUUAAAUUGCCGGCAGCACUGCGUGGCAGUGCUGCGUUGGCUUGAAGAACAAAAUUUCCGAUUCGAGUUAGAGGGAAUUGUACGUAUCUGUCUGUCUGCAAGCCUGUGAAGAGUCUAUUACAAUACAAUACAUAUGAAAGGAUAUUAUUUAU